AUGGCCGGUGAAGUAAAGGUGAUUUCCGAGCCUAGCACUUUAGGAUAUUCUAUAAGAAUAAGAGACAAUUUAAGAGUCUCCCAUGGCAUAAGACCAGUUAAUUGCAAGGAGAAGUGUGGCUGCAAGCGUCCUGGCUGCAGACUGGACUUGGUUGCCUUCAAGAUGUACUUGGGAAUCACACCGAGCGUGGUCUGUCACAAUUCAAGCAGAAACGAGUUUUCCCUAAUUCUAGACAAGAAUCCUCUGGCAGAGUUCGUAGAAGAGCUCCCUGCUGGACGAUCUGCACUGUGCUACUGCAACUUACUCUGCGGAGUCAUCAGAGGGGCCUUGGAAAUGGUUCAUUUGGCUGCUGAUGUUACAUUCUUGCAAGACAGACUAAAAGGCGACAGUGUGACAGAAAUUGGAAUAACAUUUCUAAAAAAGCUGGAUGAGAAAAAAUAUAGACGGAAAAAAUGA